AUGAUGUCUUCGGCUUUUCGUAAGUUCCAAGGUUUUGCUUUAGGUGCAAUUAUUGGUUCUCCAAUAACUUCAUCAUCAGUCGAUGAAGAAAAAGGAAAUCAAAUAACUAAAGAUGAUGUCGCUCAAGAUACCAAUGGUGCUCCUGUGGAAAAAAAGUCUCCAUUAGGAUACGAUGUAACUGCCUUCUCAACCUUCUAUCUCAUUGUACAGGGUGUGUUAGGUACCGGUAUAUUUGCUACACCGGCUACAAUUUUGGAAUCGAUGGGAUCCAUAGGCUCCACUUAUGUUAUUUGGACAGUUGGAUUCAUUGUCGUUCUACUGCAAGUGUUCAUGUAUGUGGAAUACUCUUCUUACUUUAGGCAUCGUUCAGGGGCCGAAGUGGUCUAUUUAGAGCAGGCUUAUCCUAAACCCCGAUUUAUGAUUCCUGUGCUUUAUGCUGCCAUCAGUGUGUGCCUUUCAUUUGCAACAUCAUCUGCCAGUGCUUUUGCCACCUACAUAUUUAAAGCCAGUGGCCGAGAUGCUACCGCUUGGGAAAGGAGAGGAUUGGGUGUACUCUCUCUAGUACUAGCAGCUGCUAUUACAGCCACUAACACCAAAUUUGCUAUUAAAUUAAACAAUCUUAUUGGGUUUGUGAAAGUUGUCUUCAUUUUGUUUGUUGCACUUUCCGGAUUUGCAACCUUGGCAGGUAGUACACAAACGCCUAAAGCGGCUGCUCAUGCCGUCUUUAAAGAUGCCUGGAAGGGAACCACAACAGAUGGCAACUCCAUCUCCAACGCUAUACUAAAAGUAAUCUUCUCUUUUGAAGGUUGUAAUUAUGCAUUUGGAGUGGUUGCAGAGAGUCAUCCCAAGAAUACUAUUCGAACCUAUAGUAUUUUGAUUCCAUUCACUAUGUUCUUCAUUUAUAUUCUUUAUAUAUUAGCCAUUACAGCUUAUUAUGCAGGUGUGGCCGAUAUUACUGAAAUCAAAGAGAGUGGAAACUUGAUCGCAGCCGUCUACUUUGAGAAGAUAUUUGGUACAAAUAGUGCUGUUACAGCCAUGUCAGCCUUUGUGGCAAUAUCUGCAUUUGGCCAUUUGCUAACUGUUUAUAUUUCCCAUUCAAGAACAUUAAGGGAAUGUGGCCGUCAAGGUGUUCUUCCUUAUCCAAGAAUUUGGACAAGCGUCAAACCCCUUGGAACUCCUCUAUUCCCUAUUUUGGUCACUUUCAUUGUCAAUCUCAUUGUUUUGUUAGCUCCACCCCCUGGGGAUGCAUACAACUUUGUUGUUGACUUAGGUUCUUACUCGACUUACAUCUUUAAUGCUAUGCUAUCUUUUGGUCUUUUCAAAUUGAGAAGACAUAGAAGUAAGAUUGGUCUUGGCUACCAAGAAUUUCAUAUUCCAGCUCCUCUACUUGCUUUGUUGUUUCUAUUUUCACUAUUUGUUAUAGCUAUGGCAUUUGUUCCUCCUGAAGGAACACUAAUAGGAAGCGAUGUCUCCUUCUUCUAUGCUACAUAUCCAAUUACCACCAUAGGUAUAUUCCUUUUUUGCAUUGGAUAUUACUUUGUCUGGGAAUAUGUGCUUCCCAAGAUUGGAAAGUACAGACACAGACUCUCUAAGUUUGAGUUGGCAAAGGGAGAAAAUGGUCAUAAGGUCAUCAAAGUUGCACUCAGUGAUUUGGAGGAGUGGGAUAGAGAGCAUAAAGACCAAGACCAGGACCAAGAGACCAGUGCAGGACCGGAGCAAGACAUUGAUGGUAUCUACAAAAAUGAUUCGGUGCAAAUUACCAGUACGAGUGCUUCAGGCAAAGACUGA